AUGAAGAGAAUCAGAAGAAAUAAUAUUAAUAGAAGGGGCUGCUUUGCCUGCAAAUCUCGAAAUAAACAGUGUGAUAUCGGCCCUACUAAAGAGAGGUGUUCAUAUUGUUCGAAAAAAGGAAUAGAGUGUAAUAUUCCUAGUUUGAAUAUUAUCAAAUAUGAAGGACCUCAUAAAUCCACUAGAAAGCAAAACGCAAAACAAAAAUUUACCCAUGCUGAGCUGGACGACUCAAGAACCGUGAAAAAAAUACUAGAUCCACUUGUCGAAACUGAGCACGAGAAUUUAAAUCAAAUUAUCACUAAUGAUAUAAUAGGAAAUUACUUAGAGUGUGCUUCUCAUAAGUACAAUGGUGAUGUUUCUCCUCCAGCUACCAUACGGAGUAACGGAAUGUUCUACAUAUAUGAAAAAAAACUAAUAUUUUCAGAGUCGUUUGAAGAAAGGAUCUUGGUCGAAAGAAUUCAUAAAAUACCGUUAAUAAACGAUAAUACUUCCUUUGAAAAAAGGACUAGAGACAUAUAUAGACUUGAGGAGCUGCAAGUUAGUGACAUUGUUAAUCGCGUGCCUCUGUAUGACAAAGAAUAUAAAAAGAUUGGUAGACGUGCUCGAUUAGAGUUGAAGUUUUCAGAGCAUGAAAAUUCUUGCAAAACCAGUCAGAGUUUUGAAAUGAAUGUUCCUCAAAAGACGGAACUCUUAGAUAUUGAUAUGAGCAAUCUAAAAAAUGAAUUUUUUAUGGAGGCUCCAUCGCUUAUAAAUGGCAGAGGUGAAAAUCAGAAAAUAUGUAAUGAAAUACUGGCAUGCUUUGUUAAUCUACCAAGCUACAUACCUAUUAAACUUACAAAACUCCUUUUCACUAACUUCUGUCAAAAGUUUCCUCAAGAAACUAACAAAGUUCUUUAUGCCACGUCCAACAGGAACAGUGUUUCAUGUAAAGAAUUUACCAGGUUAGUAUUGAAUGUAUAUUUAUCGCUUGCAUUUAGUAACACGACUGUUUUCAAAGCAAUCAUAUUAUGGUCCGCAUCAUUUAUCAAACUGAAUCAUGGCUCCCCAGAAUAUUCUAAGACAAGUGUCGCUGAUCUAGCAUUCUUAGGCAUACUACACGAUGAAAUCAUCAGGGAACUAAAUAACAGAGGAAAUUUUAUUUCAGCAGUUUGUUGCGAUCACACCAUUGCAAUUUGUUUAAUCUUAUUGGAGCUCGAAAAUUUCAAAUCCGAAGUGUGUCCAAGUUAUUGGUUCAAAUUGACUACUCUAACUAUAAAAGUCAUAUCAUUAAGAGGUGGGUUCGAGAAAUUAUGUGAAACAGAGAACGGCUUUUUUUUUGCAAAAGUAUUCAGUUCCCAUUUUUUCACUCACUUAGGCUAUAAUUCAUUGAAACAUAAUAUUCAUUGUUUAAAUAUAGAAGAUAUGCAUUCCAUUUACAAAAUUCUGGCAGCAUCAAAUUUAAAUUUAUAUUAUAGAUGUAUGAAAGAAAUCUGCUCUAUAGUGGGAGAAACAUUGCACUUAUAUAAUUUGAUGAAGAUAGCCAAAAGAGCAGGUGAUCUUAAUGGUGAUAUUCAAAUGUAUAAUUAUCAGCUUUUUAAUUCGUGUAAUAUUUCAAAAGUAUUAGAUGAAGCAAGGGAUUUAAAGAACAGGUUGGCAGAUAUCAGAAUGCCAGAGAACGAAUGUGAAGAAAUGAUCAUCGACUUUCUUACAAUGAGAAAACUUGCCAGCUUUGUUAAGGAAUCGACAUUUCUUUUAUUGUUCCAGUUAUUAUACAACAAUUCCUCGACCUCUACUUUGACCGUUCUUCAAGUUACUAAGAUGAUACCAAUGUUGCAAGGUAUUUUUGAUUUGUAUAAGAAUGAUUACGAAGGAGAUGUUUGCAUUUUUUUAAUACUCCCAAUUUUUACAAUCGGUUGUGAUAUCGUUGGACACCAUUAUCGUACGUGGUUUAUCGAAAAUCUCAAAAGCAUCUAUUUGGUCAAAAAACAAGAAAAAUUCUUGACAAUCAUGAAAUUAGUUGAGAAGGUUUGGCUCGAAAAUGAAAAUGGAACUAAAUUUGUACUUUGGCCCGAAAUAGCAGAAGAAGCUGGCUUUACAUUACCCUUAUAUGUUUAA